AUGACAGCAAGGCAUUGUGGGGCAUCAACAUCAUGAAGAAAGCCAAGAAGACAGGAAGUCCAAAGGCGUUUGGUGUGCGACUGGAGGACUGUCAGCCCGCUGUCAACCAUAAAUUUGUCCCCCUGACAGUGGAGAUGUGCUGUGGCAUGGUGGAGGCGACGGGUCUGGAGUACACCGGCAUCUACCGGGUGCCUGGGAACAACGCCAUGGUGUCCAACCUUCAGGAGCAUCUCAACAAGGGCAUGGACAUCAACACUGCCGAGGAG